AUGGGCUCCCCGGAGGACCACACCGUCUACGAAGCCGAACUGGUCGGCAUCCUCCUGGGAGCGACGCUGCUGCACGCGGAGCUGACGCGCCGCUCGGGCACGGCUUCGCUGGGAGUAGACAACCAGGCAGCCAUACGCGCCCUCACCAACCGAGACACCCACCCAGGCCAGUACCUAGUCGACGCGGCCGUCUCCGCCAUCACCGCAGUCCCAACCAUUGACCACCCCAUCUGCAUCCGGUGGACCCCGGGCCAUGUCGGCAUCCAGGGCAACGAAACCGCCGACGAACAUGCCAAACGUGCCGCCCAAGGGUCCUCCAGCGCUGCCCGGCACCUGCCACGGUUCCUCCGAGACGGC